AUGGGUUUACUCAUUGAUUUGAGCCGGGAUAAUCAGUAUGAUCAAGUCCGGUGUGUCAAUGUAUGUGGCGUCUACGACCCAUGGGGUGCUGGCUGGGCUUGUUUGAAGCAUAUCUCCCGAGGUUUACAGGAUUUAUCCGACUCGGAGAACAUCGACAUCGAGGAGGGCCGCUUCCCUGGCAUGAGGUUCCCGCCACGCCGGACCAGCUAUGACGUCAGCCGGACGGUCAAGGAGCAGGCGCCACCGUACAGAAGGUCCCACUCCCUGGCAGAGCUACAGGCCGAGAGAGAGAGGGAGAAACUGGCGCUACAGCACGAAGCUGCGGCGCGCCCUGUGUCCGGAUCCCGCGCCACGGAAAGACGCUCCACUCUGUCCAGCCUGGUCUUCAGCAGUUUGGCGGCCUUUGACCAAACCGGAAAUGCCGUCAUACCGCCCUACGUGAAAAAGAAGCAGAAACGCCAAGGAGUAAUCGGCCUGCCAGACACCCCAGUAGCUCUGACAGAGAUCAACCUGGAGGACCUCCUGCCCCGCUAUGCCCCGCCCAUCAAACCCACGGGCAAGCUCAAACUACAGCUUCUCUUCUCCACCGACAGAAUCAGCCUCACAGUCAUCAUUAUUGAGGCUCAGGGCCUCAUCAUCCCCGGCGUGCCCACUGACGUAGAGGUCAACCCGUACGUGAAAGCUUUCCUGGUGCCCGGCCGGACCUUCAAGUACAGGACAAAGACUUUGAGGAACACUAGGAUCCGGCUCGCAGACGUGGACAAACUGUCGUCUGGGCAGGUGGAGUUGCUGGUCACUCCGCAGACGGUCUACCGGAUGCACCAAGGCGACCUCCGUGUCUCCGGAUGUUACCAGCCUGUGGCGGGAAAAAUCGUCUUCAACAUUCUGGAGGCCAGGAACCUUCCCCGAGUGUCGUUACUGGGAGCAAUAAACCCCUAUGUGAAGGUGGAGAUGUACGUGAACGGGAUCCGAGAGGGCAAGAACAAGUGCAAGGUGAGACAGAACACACAGGACCCCGUGUGGCACCACCAGGUCAUCUUUGAGGUCAACAGGGAGAACCCGAAGCUGCUGGGUCACGUGUUCGUGUUCCACGUGCUGCACAAGGACAUGAUGACAGGCGUCCACAAGAUAGGACAGGUGGACCUGGGCUGGUACAGCCACGGGGAGCAGCUGGAGCACUGGUACGAGAUCAUGGAACAUCCACACCGCUCCACGGACCACUGGCACCCCAUCAUCAAAACCGGCAAGAUCACCUCAUGACGCGCUCGACUCCACUGCAUGCUCAGAAUCAGGACAACGACAGAAGGCGCAUGAACUCGCUUUUCAAGAUGACUACAUCAUUAUUAUUAUGACGCGUUUGAUUCCCCUGCAUGCAUAGAAUAAGGACGAAGACAGAAGGCGCGUGAACAUUUUUUUCGAGUACCGUGGCGACAUCGGCCAUGUUUGGAAUUCUUGGGAAAGGAAGGAAUACUAACUACGUAGUCAGUUUACUUGACCAGCGCUCCAACAGAACGUGGUUUCACCAUAUCACAUCCACAUCUCAGACAUUAACCCUAUCCGUACGUCGUGUUUUACUAUCGUAUCCAUACGACGUGUGGAACUCUGAGCCACCACUUUCAAAAGAGGAAAUUUACUCAUUAAUCCGAUCCGUAAGCUUUUCAGAGCAGUCUGUCACCAUGAUUUUUUGAGAAAUACUAAAAGUUUCAAAGAGAUCUUCGUACCAAAAGUAUUCUAAAAUGUGAAGAAUACAACCUCGGGGGUACAAAAUGACCCCCAGGAAGUACGGAUAGAGUUAGUCAACUUCGUUUGUUUUCUCCCCCGUGAGUACUAGAUGCGUAUCUCUCUUCUACACCCGAGAAAUGCGGACAACUUUGGGGAAAUGUGGAGACUUUUCUCCAUCUUCUCAUUACUGAAAGAACAACAGUGACCGUGGAUUUAUAGUCAUUUGAGUGGUGGACAUAUUUUUUUAAAUCUUUUAAUAUGAACUUUACGGCACUUGCAAUACAUAAAGGUCAUAUAUAAGUGCGGAAGAUUAGAGGCUCCACCAGAAAGUAACACACAAUAAAGAAAAGGAGAGGUAUGAUCGAAAGAUGCUGCACAGAAAAGACACCCGCACCUCUGUUCAUGCCACGGCUUCUCUGACUGACUCGAGCCGUGAUUGCUGCCUAAAGUAAAAGCUCCUCUAGUUAGGCGUGGCGCUCAUAUGACCUUAUGCAGUUGCGAGCGCUGUAAAACCCUCUACUAAACUAAACUAGUUAGGCGGCCAUGGAUUCAGCACGUCAAAUGUAGCCAUGUUUGUUACAUCCUCCUUCAUUUGGUCGCUUUUAAGCACAAGGGGGCUAUCCCGAAA